CUCUCCCCCUACUUUCUCCCCCUCUCCAAAAGAAAAAAAAAACUAAUCUUGUCAUUAAAAGAGAGGUGAAAGAUUAAAAAAAAAAUACUCAAAAAGAGAAAGUGGUACAUUUGUUUUUCAAUUUAUAUGUAGAAAAAAGAAAAAGCAUCAUUAGCAAAUAAAUAACAUUAAUUAAAAGAGGAAAAAAUGGGGGCAUAUAGGGCUGAUGAAGAUUAUGAUUAUUUGUUCAAAGUUGUUCUUAUAGGUGAUUCUGGUGUUGGCAAAUCAAAUUUGCUUUCUCGUUUUACAAAAAAUGAAUUUAGCCAAGAAUCUAAAUCUACAAUUGGUGUUGAAUUUGCUACAAGAACAAUUCAUGUUGAUGAUAAGAUUAUCAAAGCUCAGAUUUGGGAUACUGCUGGUCAAGAAAGGUAUCGAGCCAUCACUAGUGCAUAUUAUCGAGGAGCAGUGGGUGCCUUACUUGUUUAUGACAUUACUCGUCAUGUAACGUUUGAAAAUGUAGCAAGAUGGCUCAAAGAACUCAGAGACCACACAGACCAAAACAUCGUCGUCAUGCUCGUCGGAAACAAGGCGGAUCUCCGCCACCUCCGAGCCGUCCCCACAGGCGAAUCGAGCGGUUUUGCAGAAAGAGAGAACACAUUCUUCAUGGAAACAUCUGCACUUGAGGCACUCAAUGUUGAAAAUGCCUUCACAGAAGUACUCACUCAGAUAUAUCGAGUUGUUAGUCGAAAAGCUCUUGAUAUUGGAGAUGAUCCAACUUCUGUGCCAAGAGGACAAACAAUUAACAUUGGGAAAGAUGAUGUAUCUGCUGUUAAGAACGGUGGAUGCUGUUCCGGUUAAGCAAAAAGAUCGAUCCAGAGGUAAAUCCAGAAUCUAGAGUUAAUCAGUUCAGAAUGAUCAGUACGAUCUUUGUUUUUGGUAUACACACAAUUCGAGAAGAACCCACCCUAGAUCCGCCUCUGGAUGCAAGUAUAUAUAUAAACACAUCAAAUCCCAUUUUCAACAAAUGUAAGUUAGGCAAAAAGAACUAAUAGCGUAUUAUUUUGUGGAGGAAAUGAAAGGGGGAUGGAAGUACAUUUAGCUUAAAAUUUUACUUGUUUCAUAUUUUUCAUGUGUAAUUUGUAAAUCAAGGGAAUUUCAGCUAAGGAAACUUCCUUGUUAAAAAAAAAUGUUUGCAGUAGACUGAAUGUUACAAGAAGUUGCAUUUUGCUUCACCAACCAAAAGUAAUGUGGUUUUUUUCUCUUUUCUAAAUGAACCAAAAGAAACACAUUCUUUUCUUUUA